CAGGGUAGUGGACGGACUCAAUAAUCCCCAACACUGACACAAUAAAGUUAGAAGCCGGCCGCUUGGAGCUUGGAGGCGCAAAAACUGCUCGCUGGAUCUGCGCCUUCGCUCGCGGACUUUAACGGGAUCUGAAAUGCGGGAUUUGUUUCGGCUUGCAGAGGCCGUGCUCGGAUUUGAAGCGAUGACGCUAUUCAGAUUGGUUUCGCCGUUCUCUCUCUCUGGAUAUAAAUAUAUAUGCAUCUAAUAAACGCUGCAAACAGGCUAAGGUGACCACCGGGGAUUUAGGUUUGGACCGUUUCCAAGGCGACGUUUUUGCAGGAUUAAGAGUGAGCAUAUGCAGCGGAUGAUGGUGUGGCUGAGCGGGGCAGCCCUGCUGCUCCUGUCCGGGCUGCUCGCUCCGCCGUGCGCGGUGCGCGGCUUCGGCGACGAAGUGGACGAGAUGACCUGCGACCCCAUCCGGAUCAGCAUGUGCCAGGGCCUGGGAUACAACGUCACCAAGAUGCCCAAUCUGGUGGGCAACGUGCUGCAGUCCGACGCCGAGCUGCAGCUGACCACCUUCACGCCGCUCAUCCAGUACGGCUGCUCCAGCCAGCUCAAGUUCUUCCUUUGCUCGGUCUAUGUGCCGAUGUGCACGGACAAAGUGCCAAUUCCCAUUGGACCAUGCGGCAGCAUGUGUUUGUCUGUCAAGAGAAAAUGCCUGCCGGUGCUUCAUGAGUUUGGAUUCAUUUGGCCUGAGGUGCUCAACUGCAGCCUCUUCCCGCCUCAGAAUGACCACAACCACAUGUGCAUGGAGGGCCCGGGGGACGAGGAUCCGCCGUAUUACCGCCACCCUCCGCACCAAGAGGAGUGCCAGGCCCUGGGAUCUGCAGCCGACCAGUACACCUGGCUGAAGCAGACGGAUAGCUGUGCUCUCCAGUGCGGCUACGACAGCGGCCUCUACAGGCGCGGGGCCAAAAUGUUCACCGAUGCCUGGAUGGCGGUGUGGGCUGUGCUGUGCUUCCUCUCGACCACUUUAACGGUUCUCACCUUUCUGUUGGAUUCCCAACGAUUCUCCUAUCCGGAGAGGCCCAUCAUCUUCCUGUCCAUGUGCUGCAAUUUGUACAGUGUUGCCUACCUGGUGCGGUUGACUCUGGGUAGGGAACGUGUGUCAUGUGACCUGGAUGCCACAGAAGUUCCUAUUCUAGUGCAGGAAGGACUAAAGAGCACUGGCUGUGCCAUCGUCUUCCUCCUGCUCUACUUCUUUGGCAUGGCCUCCUCUCUCUGGUGGGUGAUCCUGACCCUAACAUGGUUCUUGGCUGCAGGAUUAAAGUGGGGCCAUGAGGCUAUUGAAAUGCACAGCUCCUACUUCCACAUAGCAGCUUGGGCUAUCCCGGCUGUUAAAACCAUCGUCAUUCUUAUAAUGAGAUUGGUGGAUGCUGACGACCUGACUGGCCUCUGCUAUGUUGGCAACUUGCAGCAGGAGGCGCUUACAGGCUUUGUAGUGGCACCGCUCGCCACCUACCUUCUUAUAGGUACCCUAUUCAUCUGCGCUGGCCUUGUAGCUCUUUUCAAGAUCCGCUCCAAUUUGCAGAAGGACGGCGCCAAGACAGACAAACUUGAACGUUUAAUGGUGAAGAUCGGCGUGUUUUCCGUGCUCUACACAGUUCCAGCAUCCACUGUGAUUGGCUGUUACCUUUACCAACUUUCUCAUUGGGGGGACUUCAAAGCCGCCACGCAAGACUCGUACGUUGCAUCAGAGAUGCUUCGAAUCUUCAUGUCACUACUCGUGGGUAUCACCUCGGGCAUGUGGAUCUGGUCAGCGAAGACCCUCCACACGUGGCAACGGUGCUCCACCCGCUUACUCAAGGACAGCAGGGUGGGUCGAGGAGCCAAGCGUGGGCCAGGCAAGGGCUGGAUUAAACCAGGGACAGGCAACGAGACGGUGGUGUGAGGAGAAAGAAUGGACAAGGUUGGACUUGCUUCUUUUUCCCACAAACAUUCACCCUGACAAAAGGAGGAUAUAACACAAACCACUGGAUGUGAAAGGCGCUGUAAAAUGUUUAGCAACCCCUCGACCUCGCAAGUAUUUUUAUAGCCCUUUGAGAUGGAGAAAACGAUGACUGGAGCAGGAAGAAAUACAAAGCAAGCAGCAUUGAAGCAUUAACAUGAAGAUUUGACAAAAAAAAUAAGCUGCGUAGUGCCACGUCUACCUCUGCCUCUAUUUUCUGCGCAGCAGCAGAGACUGAACCCACUGGGUAUAAUAACCCUGCUACCUUAAAGGCCUGUGAAGGCCAUUGAUAAGUUCUUGUACAGAUGGUGUUCAGAUACCGGCUGAGGUUUCCCAAAGAGCCUAGUGUCUUUCUAUGUUAAAGUGGAAUGGGAAAUUGAAAAGACAUACCAGACCAAAAGUUAGUAACACGUGUCAAAUGGCCGUUACAGUUCUAAAGUGUUUACAUUUUAAACCACCACCUUAUUUUAUUCACGCUAUUUGAUCAAUGCAGAUUUUUGUGUUGCUCUCAAAUUUGGGGGAUUACCAGCUUCACGCUGUAAUAAUGCACGAACAGGAAGUGUGUGUGCCUACCACAAGUGCAUUAAUUUGAACAGCAGACUGUUCCAUGGAAACUCAACAGAACAGAAAUCCACUAGUCGCCAGGAAGCUGCAAUAAUGACACCGUCGAGCAUCAUUUCUAUGAUGAAGCAAUUUAUCAGAGGCAACUAUGUAAACACGACAAUAGGUUGAGCCGUGCGUGUAUUUAAAUGUCGAUUAUGGCCUUUGUGACAAAAUCGUGCCAUGCGUGAGAAACAUUUGCCUGUAUGGUGAAUAAAGAUAAUCUUCAUUGGAAGCCAGGAGUAAAAAAAAAACAAAAAACAAAGACAAAAACUAACUAUUUUAAGAGGAAUUACUAGCCAUUAGAUUUUCCUUAGAUACAUACUUAGGGUAUUAAAGGUAUUGUUUGAGAACUGUCAAGGAGGCCAACAGUUACAUUUCAAUAAGAUGCCAACAUAGCAAAUUGUUUGCACAAAAAGCACAAGUCUGUAGUUGCUUAUGUAGCAAUUUAUUUUAGAGAAGCUCAACCUCUGUUACCUGGCCAUCAUUUUUUUUUUUUUUUUUUUUUUAAUAGUUACAGUGUGUAUGUUCAGUCUCCUUGGAAAUUAAGGACUGUAUAUGCUCACAAGUUAAUGGGCAGUCCAGGAAAUUAAAACUGGCUUUUCCAAACAUUAGCCAGAUUUCAAUGUUAUUCGACAAUCACUUGGCAAAAAGACUCAUCGUUCAACAUUAUACAACUGUUGCAAACACAUGCCCUUGUGCAACUAUGCAUUUAAACAUGGAGAAGAGCAACAAAAUUCGCUUGCCACAGAUAAUCUAUGACCAUAUAGUCAUCUCCUUUGUGGAAAAAUAUCAGCAAUAUCAGUUUGACUUUUGACUUUUCAGGGUCAACUGAGUCAUCCAAAUUCCACCAAGCAAGAAACAAUCUGUUCAGCUGACGUGUGUCAGGACUGAAUUGUGGCCAUCCGAGACAAUCAAACCACUCCCAGAGUAAAAAAAGUUCUUCAAUGCAUUUUAAAAUUUUAAAAUGAAAAAAUUCACAACAAUCUCACUCAUCAAGUAUUAGUGCAGCAUUCAUCAAUGUGUACAUGCUUAGUGUGUUUGCACGACAAUCUAGCAAAGUGCUUGCGUUUCAGUGAGUCUUUGAAUGUAUAUUUGCAAUGUGUGUCACAUUUAGUUCUCGUACAAGCGAGAGAGAAACGUGGGGAAUUCAAGUGCACAGGGGCCUACGAUGUGUCAUGUGAAACCAGAAAGUGCCUCGCAUUGCUGUCACAUGGAUUUUGAGGUAAAUCCACAGAAGUAGGUGAGGAUAUCAUUUUACAGGCUUGUGUUGUGUCUUGGCCUACCAAGGGAAAUGAGACCUUGUUGUAGAUAUUUCUAAAUAUUGUGGUGAACCUGAGAAUCCUGGAGUAGCCACCAGUGGUCCCCGAAGCAGCAUACCUUGGCACCCUAAUUAAAUUUCCAAAGUCAAACAAACAUUACAUUGAGCUAAAGUGAAUUAAGUUAAGCUCUGACCACCAUCCGCCUGAGCUAAUGCAGUUUCCCUUUUCUCAUAACGUUUGGCGACCACCUCCCGUAUGACCGCACUGUGCCUCCCAUGAUGUUUUAAAGAGUAACAUAGUUGUUCAAGUUACAUUGACAGGGGCCUCGUUAAAAAAAUAAAAAUAAAAUCCCUGGCAAUAAGAUAUGUAAAUGUUAAAAUGCCAUUGAUAUAAAUCAAUGUUGGGUUUAGUUCACCAGUGCUGAUCUUAGCCUGUGAGGUCUAAAAAGUGUAGAUGGAUCAUCAGUGUAUUAUAGGAAAAAUGUUAAUUUAUCCUUGUAAAAAGUGACAUAAUUUUUAAAGCUCCUUUGUUAUUUAAAUGACACUUUUCUAUCAGAAGAUGAAUAAAAAAGCUUUGGUUACCAAAAUGUUAUGGUAUGUCUGUGUGUUUGUACUGUACAUCCCUAAAUGCAUGUAUGCGUU